UGACUGAAACACGAACUAUAUACGUAGCAGAAAACACAUAACAAGUCGUCUAUUUGUAUAUAAACCGGAGAGGUUAUAUGUUCUUUUUGUAACAAGAGGCAUGAUUUAGUCGGCAAUGAUAACUAAUAUGAUGUAGACGUCCGCUCCAAUGAUCUAAAUUAAUUCCAAGUUUAUGUAUUUGUACAAUAUUCCAUAAAUUUGUUAUUUCAAACAGAAAGAUCUAAAUAUUUAAAUAUGUCUUUUACUGAAGAUGUCGCAGACGAAAAACCGUUUUUCGUAGAUAGAGCAAAAGUUGGAAGAGCGGCAUGUAAAAAGUGCAAACAGAAAUGCCCAACGGGAGAAUUAAGAAUUGCAAAACUAGUGCCAAAUAACUUUGGUCCUGGGACCAUGAAAAAAUGGUACCAUGUGGACUGCAUGUUUGAACAAUUUCUAAGACAAAGAGCGUCCACCAUAAAAAUUGAAUCCGAAGAUGAUAUUGGUGGAUGGUCAGAUCUCAACGAUGAAGAUCAAAGGACAAUCAUGGCCAAAAUCAAUGACUUCAAUAACAAACUUAUUGAUAAAGCAUCCCCUGCAAAAUCACCAGCUAAAAAAGUCCAGAAGAAGUCUCCAACAAAGAAAAAAACUGAAGAUCCUCCAGCUUCAAUUUCUCAAGAAACCAACCACUUAAACAGUGACAAUGACACUGUUUCAAGACAAACCAAUCACAAGGAUAAUCAAUUCAGAGAAUUUAGACGACUUUUGGCGGAUGUCACAAAUGUCAGCAGUUACACAGAGAAGACUGCAAUCAUUGCAAAAUUAUUCACCCAAGGGAGUGAAGGAAAUGGAUUUAAAGGCGAUAUAGCACAAUGGUGCCGCCUUCUUUUACCGGGCGUUGUCAAGAGGAUUUAUAAUCUCCAAAGUAAACAACUCAUAAAACUUUUCGCCAGAAUUUUCCAAGUAAACCAGGACGAGAUGAUGGAACAUUUGGAACAAGGUGAUAUUGGAGAAACAAUACAAUACUUUUUUGAUCAAAGUAGCGCAUUUAAACCGGCCAAGAAGAGUUCCCUGACAAUCCAGGAGGUCGACGAUUUUUUGGAAGAACUUUCCAAACUUACCAGAGAAGAAGAUCAAAUGAAGCACUUUAAGAUGUUCGGGAAAAACUGUACCGCAAAUGAUUUAAAAAUCGUCGUGCGAUUGAUAAAAGGUGAUCUGCGAAUCAACGCAGGAGCCAAACACGUACUAGAUGCAGUCCAUAAGAACGCAUAUGAAGCAUAUCAAGCGUCUAGGGACUUGAAUUCAGUUAUCGACAGAUGUUUGAAAGGUUCCGGAAAAGUAUUAGCGGGUUCAUCGAUUAAAGCAAAAAUUUCACUGAUGACUCCAGUACUUCCAAUGCUAGCUGAAGCAUGUAAAUCAAUUGAGCAAGCAAUGAAAAAGUGCCCGAAUGGAAUAUAUUCCGAAGUAAAAUACGAUGGCGAACGUGUUCAAGUGCACAAAAUGGGAAACGAGUUUAAGUAUUUUUCGCGCAGCUUAAAGCCUGUAAGACCCCACAAUGUGGCUCAUUUUAAAGAUUACAUUCCACAAGCAUUUCCUCAUGGAAAGGAUUUAAUUCUUGACAGCGAAAUGUUACUAAUCGAUACCCACGAUGGUAAGCCACUGCCUUUCGGAAGCUUGGGGGUCCAUAAAAAAAGUGAGUUCAAAAAUGCAAAUGUUUGCCUUUUUGUCUUCGAUUGCAUUUAUUACAACGGAGAUGACCUUACAAAUAAACCUCUCGAACACAGGAAGAAAAUACUAAAAGAAGUUAUGACAGAAAUACCAAAUCACGUUAUGUUUUCGAAGAUGGAGAUCAUACAUAAACCCACUGAGUUAGCUGCCAUGAUUUCAAAAGUUCUGAAAAUGGGGUUGGAAGGUCUUGUACUGAAAGACUUGAAAAGCGUGUACGAACCUGGUAAAAGACAUUGGCUAAAAGUGAAAAAGGAUUACCUGUUUGGAGGAGCAAUGGCAGACAGUGCGGAUUUAAUAGUUUUAGGAGCUUGGUUUGGAACCGGAAAGAAGGGUGGAAUGAUGUCAGUAUUCCUGAUGGGUUGCUAUGAUCCCAGAACGAAAAAAUUCUGCACAGUUACUAAAGUCCACACUGGACACGAUGACAAAACGCUGGAACAACUCCAGACGGAAUUGGACAUGGUUAAAAUAAGUGGAGAUUCUACUAAAGUCCCCGACUGGUUAAAAUGUACGAAGUCCAUGAUUCCUGACUUUGUUGCAAAAGAUCCAAGGAAACAACCCGUUUGGGAGAUAACAGGGGCAGAAUUUACUCAACAUGACGUUCACACUGCCAACGGAAUAUCCAUUAGAUUUCCGAGGGUUACCAAAAUAAGGGACGAUAAAACUUGGGAAACUGCAACGUCACUGAAGGAACUCAAAGCACUUUUCGAGAAGUCUAAAACCAAUUCUGACAUAGGAAAAUACUUGGACGAUUUAAGCAACGAAAAUGACGACUACGUUAAUUCUGAAACGAAGUCACCAAACAAACGGAAAAUAAUAAACGAAUCGGACGAAGAAAAUGCAUCGUCAAUUAAAAAACGAAGAACAUCGGAAACUGAAAUCCAAAACAAUCAAGCCUCAACAUCUACUAUGGAUGACGACGCUACUUCAAAAAAGGAAAUCGAUGAGAAUAAAGAUACCAAAAUAAUCAAACCGCUACCAAACCUCUUUGAAGGAGUCAAAUUAAUUGUAGAAAAAAAUGGAGAAAAAAGAUUUGCUGACUGGCUCAGAUACUUUAAGGCAUAUGGGGGAGAAAUUUUAAACGUUGAUCAGAACUGUACCAAACCAACCCACUACCUCCACAUAAAAGACUGGGUUGCAAGUAUUGAUCGCAACUGUCCCAAAACUGUAAAGCAUAUUAUUAUAGAAUGGAUUCAACACAGCAUUACUAAUAACGAGCUGCAAGAUGUAAGGCCUUAUAUGGUAAGGUGGAGACCUUCCAUGAAAACCGAUAGUCCAUGAAUGUUACAAACUUUACUCAAGUCAAUGAAUGAUAAACAAAAAGUGCUGUAAAAUUUUAUGAUUCAACAUUAAUACGAUAAACGAAGAUGUACAAAUGUACAUAGUUUGUAAUGUUUAUUAAACAAUAAUAUUUGUAUUUAAAAUUAAAUAAAA